UUUAUUUUCCUCGAUUCUAUUCGGGGGCGAAAAACGAAACCCUUGAUUUCGAAAUCCCAAAAAAAUGGCGAGAAAAAGAAAUUCGGAUGAAUCUUCCGAAGAAGAAGAAGUACCAUCUAAUAAUGGAUCAGUUUCAUCGUCAGGAGAAGAAGAAGAACCGGUUAAGAACGAAGAGCUAGAAGAAGAUGAUGAAGAGGAACUCGAAGCAGUUGCUAGAACUGUUUCAGAUGAUGAUGAGGAAGUUGUUGCUGGUGGUUCGAAAUCGGAUGAACAAGAUCCAAGGACUGAUGAUGAUGAAGAAGAUGAGGAUGCAAAUAUAUCUAAUGCUGAAGUUGGUAAAAAAGAGAAAGCCAGAUUAAAAGAAAUGCAGAAGUUGAAGAAACAAAAGAUUCAAGAAAUUCUGGAUUCUCAGAAUAAAGCCAUUGAAGCUGAUAUGAACAAUAAAGGGAAAGGGCGUAUAAAUUAUCUCUUGCAGCAGACAGAAAUAUUUGCUCAUUUUGCGAAAGGAAGUAAAUCUGCAUCUCAAAAGAAACCCAAAGGAAGGGGUCGCCAUGCUUCCAAACUAACAGAGGAGGAAGAAGAUGAAGAGUACCUUAAAGAAGAAGAGGACAGUUUAGGUGCUGCAGGAGGUACCAGAUUGUUGACGCAACCUUCAUGCAUUCAAGGUAAGAUGAGAGAUUACCAACUUGCUGGAUUGAAUUGGAUGAUACGGCUGUACGAAAAUGGAAUCAAUGGGAUUCUUGCGGAUGAGAUGGGUCUUGGAAAGACGUUGCAAACCAUCUCACUGAUGGGUUACCUGCACGAGUUCAGAGGAAUUACUGGUCCUCACAUGGUGGUUGCACCGAAAUCUACUCUCGGCAAUUGGAUGAAGGAGAUUCGUCGCUUUUGCCCAAUUUUACGAGCUGUAAAGUUUCUUGGGAACCCAGAUGAAAGGAAGCACAUACGCGAAAAUCUUCUGGUAGCUGGGAAGUUUGAUGUUUGUGUAACUAGUUUUGAGAUGGCUAUUAAAGAAAAAUCAAGUUUACUUCGAUUUAGCUGGCGCUAUGUUAUCAUUGACGAGGCUCAUAGAAUCAAGAAUGAGAAUUCACUUCUCUCAAAGACCAUGAGACUCUACAACACCAAUUACAGGCUACUUAUUACUGGAACACCUCUUCAGAAUAAUCUUCAUGAACUAUGGUCUCUACUUAACUUUCUUCUUCCCGAGAUAUUCAGUUCAGCUGAAACAUUUGACGAAUGGUUCCAAAUAUCAGGUGAAAAUGACCAGCAAGAGGUUGUUCAACAGCUUCACAAGGUCCUUCGUCCCUUUCUCCUCCGGAGGUUGAAAUCUGAUGUAGAGAAAGGCUUGCCUCCCAAGAAGGAGACCAUACUUAAAGUGGGCAUGUCACAAUUGCAGAAGCAGUUUUAUAAGGCUUUAUUGCAGAAGGAUCUGGAAGUUGUUAAUGCUGGUGGAGAGCGUAAGCGUCUGCUUAACAUAGCUAUGCAGCUUCGUAAAUGCUGCAAUCAUCCUUACCUUUUUCAAGGUGCAGAACCUGGCCCUCCAUACACCACCGGAGAUCAUCUUGUUACGAAUGCAGGAAAAAUGGUUCUUUUGGAUAAACUGCUUCCAAAGCUGAAGGAGAGAGACUCCAGGGUCCUUAUAUUUUCACAGAUGACCAGAUUGUUGGAUAUCUUGGAGGACUAUUCAAUGUAUCGAGGUUAUCAGUACUGUCGUAUUGAUGGUAAUACUGGUGGAGAAGACCGUGAUGCUUCGAUUGAAGCUUUCAACCAACCAGGAAGUGAAAAAUUUAUUUUCUUACUAUCAACUCGAGCUGGUGGGCUUGGUAUCAAUCUUGCAACUGCAGAUGUUGUCAUUCUUUAUGAUAGUGACUGGAAUCCCCAAGUGGAUUUGCAAGCUCAGGACCGUGCUCACAGGAUUGGUCAAAAGAAAGAAGUUCAAGUCUUUCGGUUCUGCACAGAGUAUACCAUAGAGGAAAAGGUGAUUGAGAGGGCUUACAAGAAGCUUGCACUUGAUGCUUUAGUGAUUCAACAAGGACGACUAGCUGAGCAAAAAACUGUUAAUAAAGAUGAACUGCUGCAAAUGGUGAGGUUUGGUGCUGAGAUGGUUUUCAGCUCCAAAGACAGCACUAUCACAGAUGAGGAUAUUGACAGAAUUAUUGCUAAAGGAGAAGAGGCAACAGCUGAGCUGGAUGCCAAGAUGAAGAAAUUCACAGAAGAUGCCAUCAAAUUCAAAAUGGAUGAUACUGCUGAACUAUAUGACUUUGAUGACGAAAAGGAUGAGAAUAAAACAGACUUCAAGAAGCUGGUCAGUGACAACUGGAUUGAGCCGCCGAAAAGAGAGAGGAAGCGCAACUACUCGGAAUCCGACUACUUCAAGCAAGCAAUGCGGCCAGGUGGCCCGGCAAAACAAAGGGAACCUAGAAUUCCUCGCAUGCCUCAGUUGCAUGACUUCCAGUUCUUUGAUACUCAAAGACUAAAUGAGCUUUAUGAAAAAGAAGUGCGUUUCCUCAUGGUAAACCAUCAGAAGAAUCAGAUGAAAAAUUCAAUUACAGAUGGAGAAGAGGAGCCCGAUGAAGUAGAUCCAUUAACUUCGGAAGAGCAGGAAGAAAAAGAGCAACUAUUAGAGGCUGGAUUUUCAUCAUGGACGAGGAGAGAUUUCAAUACUUUCAUACGAGCCUGUGAGAAGUACGGACGGAGUGAUAUAAAAAGCAUUGCAGCUGAAAUGGAAGGCAAAACUGAAGAGGAAGUCCAGAGAUAUGCUAAAGUUUUCAAAGAAAGAUACAAGGAAUUAAACGAUUAUGAUAGAAUUAUCAAGAAUAUUGAAAGAGGUGAGGCAAGAAUCUCCAGGAAAGAUGAGAUCAUGAAAGCGAUUGGGAAGAAGAUGGAUCGUUACAAAAAUCCCUGGUUGGAAUUGAAGAUUCAGUAUGGACAAAAUAAAGGGAAACUGUACAAUGAAGAAUGUGAUCGAUUCAUGUUAUGCAUGGUACACAAGCUUGGGUACGGGAACUGGGAUGAGCUCAAGGCUGCUUUCCGGACAUCGCCUUUAUUUCGUUUUGAUUGGUUUGUUAAGUCUAGAACCACUCAAGAACUUGCCAGGCGCUGUGAUACCCUCAUUCGGUUGGUGGAGCGAGAAAACCAAGAAUUCGAUGAGAGGGAGAGACAAGCUCGAAAAGAUAAGAAACAUGCCAAGAACCUGACACCAUCUAAGCGGGGCACAAGACCAUCCGAGAGUCCCAUCCAGUCUAUGAAAAAACGGAAACAAACAGUGAUAGAAGACUACAUUGGAUCAUCUGGAAGGAGGAGAAAAUGAUCCUUUACCUGAAAUCUAGAUAGCCAGAGAAGGUCAGUUUUAAAGAUUAGAAAGAACAGCCCGUAUUUGCAUUUUUGUAUCCUUCUGAAGUGCCCUAGUCUAUGAGUAGAAGAAGUGAUUUGGUUUUUUAUAUUUAUGUUAACCAAUCUGAUGAAUUUGUUCCAAUCAACUCGAUGCAAUGAGUGUUGGAAAACACCAAGGAUGCUGUAACUGAAAUUACGAUCUCUCCUAAUAUUAGCAAAUUAUUCAAGUCAAACCAAGUAUGUUAAUUCAUAUCAAUCUGUUUUUGUAGGCUUGCCAAAUAUGUAAUCCAUAUAUUUGCUUA